GGGCGGGGCGGCCGCGGGGCCGGGGCGGCCGGACCCGUGCGCGGACAAAGGCGGCGUGCGGCGCGGGGAGCCGCGGCGGGGGCGGGCGGGCAGGCGGCACCGGGCCGCUCCGUGCGGUGGACCGAGCCGUAACCUGACAUGAUGUUUCCACAAAGCCGGCACUCGGGCUCGUCUCACCUGCCUCAGCAGCUGAAGUUCACGACCUCCGACUCCUGCGACCGCAUUAAGGACGAGUUCCAGCUGCUGCAGGCCCAGUACCACAGCUUGAAGUUGGAAUGUGACAAACUAGCCAGUGAGAAAUCGGAGAUGCAGCGUCACUACGUCAUGUACUACGAGAUGUCCUACGGGCUGAAUAUUGAAAUGCACAAACAGGCUGAAAUUGUCAAGAGGCUAAAUGGGAUUUGUGCACAGGUUCUGCCCUACCUUUCACAAGAGCAUCAGCAGCAAGUCUUGGGAGCCAUUGAACGAGCUAAGCAGGUCACGGCGCCAGAACUGAACUCCAUCAUCCGCGUGCUCUUGGUCUCGUCGCAUCGCCCUGGCCCCGUGUCCCCCGUGCCCCUCCUGCACUAAUACCAGGCCGGCGCCUUGCUGUUCUGCAUGUACCUGUUCUCGACCAGCUCUGGCUGCCAGGGGCUUUACCCUGGGCUGGAGGGGGAGCCUGUGCCACCUGCUGCCCCUCAGCACAGCAUCCGGCUCUGGGGGCCCAGGUGUCUGGGCAGAGGGGGCAGGCAGACCGAGAGCCUUCCCCGGCCCUCCCCCUCCCUGUGCCCCUGCCCUGUGUAGAGGAUACAGCAGCUUUCUCUGUUCUUAUCUCCGUGCGCUAGCGUGUCUUCUUAAAAAACAAAAAUGGAAAAAAAAUAAUAAAUAAUAAUCUGGUGUUUGUAUAUAGUUCUUUAGAAAGAUCUUGUUUUGCUUUUUGUGUUUAAUCACUUGACCUAUAAUAAGAGGAACUGAAAAUGCUGUAUCAAGGACGUACAAGCUGUGCCUUUCAAAUAAAGAAAUAAGAAGGUUGGUUAAAA